AUGUCUCAUCAAUCAACGAUGCACGAAAACCUGUCUCUAGACAUGGUUCGUACAGCCUUGCUUCGCUUACCCGUCACAUUGGCACCCGUACAACUUGCAGAGCUAAUGAGCCGGGUUGCCCUGACAAGAACAGACACAGGCCUUUGUAACCACCAUGAUGAAAAGUGCCGCGCCCUACUGCGCACGAUCCCGUUGGCACUGACAGCAAGCCAGGUGGUAGAGCUCGUCAGGCAAAGUUUCCCAGAGGGCCGAGAUUCGUGCGACAGGUGUCGGGAGCAGGCCGCUGCCGCCGAAUUCCACGACGAAGACCUAGUUCUGAUCCAAGCAGGGGAGGACAGCGUUGGGAAUGCAGCAUCGUCCGACGACAAGUCCCACCGGACGCCUUUGCCCACGUUGGACAGCCGGUCCCUGGCCAAGACGUCUCUGGCCAAAUUGCCACCCAUGAUCCACGCAUCAUCUUCAAGCCAGGAAGAUGUAUCCGGAACAAGCAAUCAAGGUGACACGACCAAAAUGCGCCGCUAUGACAGACUGAAAAUGGAAGGCAAGUGUGUCACCUGCGGCGGGCCACGCAUGAACUCCAGAUAUCGCCAGAAGCUCAAGAAUGCUCAAUGUGUACAGUGCUCUAAACCACGAGGAGACGCGCGAAUCAUCAUUUGCAGCACAUGCCAAGCUAAGAACAAGGCAUCUAGAGACAGAAAGAGGACAAUGGCCAAGGUGUAA